AUGUGCCGCCGGGUUCAAACCCGGGCACAGGCCGAACGUUCUUGUCUGUUGAGGGCGGAGCUAAUGGCGGGGAGGUGUUGUUAGCGCGCGCCUUCCGGAUCGCAGCUCUCGCGGCAGUCGCCUUAGACUAAAGGGUGUUGCUUGGCCGCCGCCUGGUAGUCCGGCGAUUAGUUUCUUGCUCGGCCUCCUGGAGCUGUGGUCCGUGUGGGCUUCCACCUCAGACACUUGCGCUGGCUCAGCGGGGCCGGAACAUGGCUGCGUCGGGUCUGGAUCAUCUCAAAAAUGGCUACAGAAGAAGAUUUUGUAGACCUUCCAGGGCACGUGACCUUAACACAGAGCAAGGCCAGAAUGUUCUGGAAAUCUUACAAGACUGUUUUGAAGAAAAAAGUCUUGCCAAUGAUUUUAGUACAAAUUCUACAAAAUCAGUGCCUAAUUCAACACGCAAAAUAAAAGACACUCGUAUUCAGUCACCAAGCAAAGAGAAAUCACAUUCAAAGUCAGUUCCAGUUUCUUCAAGGAAUAAAGAAGCCUCUCUGCAGUCUGUUGUAGAAUCAAGUGAAGCCACAAACAGAUCAGUGCAGGCCCAUGAAGUUCGUCAGAAAAUUCUGGCAACUGGUGUUAGUUCCAAAAAUACACCUGACUCAAAAAAAAAGUCAAGUAGAAACAUAAAUGAUCAUCACAGUGAAGCUGAUGAAGAAUUUUACUUAUCUGUUGGCUCACCUUCUGUUCUUUUGGAUGCAAAAACAUCUGUAUCGCAAAAUGUUAUUCCAUCUAGUGCCCAAAAGAGAGAGACUUACACUUUUGAAAAUUCAGUAAAUGUGCUGCCUUCAAGUACAGAGGUUUCAGUUAAAACCAAAAAAAGGUUAAACUUUGAUGAUAAAGUUAUGUUAAAGAAAAUAGAAAUAGAUAAUAAAGUAUCAGAUGAAGAGGAUAAAACAUCAGAAGGACAAGAAAGAAAACCAUCAGGAUCAUCUCAGAAUAGAAUACGAGAUUCAGAAUAUGAAAUUCAACGACAAGCUAAAAAAAGUUUUUCAACAUUGUUUUUAGAAACAGUAAAACGAAAAAGUGAAUCCAGUCCCAUUGUUAGGCAUGUGGCAACUGCUCCACCUCAUUCGUGUCCUCCCGAUGAUACGAAGUUGAUAGAGGAUGAAUUUAUAAUUGAUGAGUCAGAUCAAAGUUUUGCCAGUAGAUCUUGGAUUACAAUACCAAGAAAGGCAGGGCCUCUGAAACAACGCACAGUAUCCCCGGCUGAGAGCACUGCACUCCUUCAAGGUAGAAAGUCAAGAGAAAAGCAUCAUAAUAUAUUACCUAAGACUCUGGCAAAUGACAAACAUUCCCAUAAACCUCACCCAGUAGAGACAUCUCAGCCCUCUGAUAAAACAGUACUGGAUACAAGUCAUGCUUUGAUAGGUGAAACAGAAAAUAAUUAUAGAUCUACAAAAUAUGAAAUGUAUUCCAAGAAUGCAGAAAAACCAUCUAGAAGCAAAAGGACUAUAAAACAAAAACAGAGAAGAAAAUUUAUGGCUAAACCAGCUGAAGAACAGCUUGAUGUGGAGCAGUCUAAAGAUGAAAACAUACAUACAUCACAUAUUACCCAAGACGAAUUUCAAAGAAAUUCAGACAGAAAUAUGGAAGAGCGUGAAGAGAUGGGAAAUGAUUGUGUUUCCAAAAAACAGAUGCCACCUGUGGGAAGCAAGAAAAGUAGCACUAGAAAAGAUAAGGAAGAAUCUAAAAAGAAGCGCUUUUCCAGUGAGUCCAAGAACAAACUUGUACCUGAAGAAGUGACUUCAACUGUCACUAGAAGUCGAAGAAUUUCCAGGCGUCCAUCUGAUUGGUGGGUGGUAAAAUCAGAGGAGAGUCCUGUUUAUAGCAAUUCUUCAAUAAGAAAUGAAUUACCAGUGCCUCACAACAGUAGGCAGAAAUCGGCUAAGAAAACAAAUGAGUCAUCUAAGAAUAUUAGGAAAAAAACUAUUCCACUUAAAAGGCAGAAGACAGCAACUAAAGGCAACCAAAGAAUACAGAAGUUGUUAAAUGCUGAAGGUUCUGGAGUUAUCGUUGGUCAUGAUGAAAUUUCCAGAUGUUCGCUGAGUGAGCCAUUGGAAAGUGAUGAGGCAGACUUGGCUAAGAAGAAAAAUCUUGAUUGUUCUAGAUCUACAAGAAGCUCAAAGAAUGAAGAUGAUAUUAUGACUGCACAGAAUGUUCCCCUAAAGCCUCAGACCAGUGGAUAUACAUGUAAUAUACCAACAGAGUCAAACUUGGAUCCUGGAGAGCAUAAGACUUCAGUUUUAGAGGAAAGUGGACCUUCCAGGCUCAAUAAUAAUUAUUUAAUGUCUGGAGAGAAUGAUGUGGAUGAUGAGGAAGUUCAUGGAAGUUCAGAUGACUCAAAACAAUCUAAAGUGAUACCAAAGAACAGAAUCCAUCACAAACUAGUAUUGCCCUCCAACACACCAAAUGUUCGCAGGACCAAGAGAACACGUUUGAAACCUUUGGAGUACUGGCGAGGAGAGCGAAUAGAUUAUCAAGGAAGGCCAUCAGGAGGAUUUGUGAUUAGUGGAAUACUAUCUCCAGACACAAUAUCGUCUAAAAGGAAGGCAAAAGAAAAUAUUGGAAAAGUCGACAAAAAAUCUAAUAAGAAAAGGAUCUGUCUUGAUAACGAUGAAAGAAAGACUAACUUGAUGGUAAAUCUAGGUAUACCUCUUGGAGAUCCUUUGCAGCCAACGAGGGUAAAGGACCCAGAAACAAGAGAGAUUAUUCUCAUGGAUCUUGUAAGGCCACAAGAUACAUAUCAAUUUUUUGUUAAGCAUGGUGAGUUGAAGGUAUAUAAGACAUUGGAUACACCCUUUUUUUCUACUGGGAAAUUGAUAUUAGGACCACAAGAAGAAAAGGGAAAGCAGCAUGUUGGCCAGGAUAUAUUGGUUUUUUAUGUUAACUUUGGUGACCUUUUGUGUACUUUACAUGAAACACCUUAUAUAAUAAGUACUGGGGAUUCGUUCUAUGUUCCUUCAGGUAACUAUUAUAACAUCAAAAAUCUCCGGAAUGAGGAAAGUGUUCUUCUUUUUACUCAGAUAAAAAGAUGAAAGAUCAACCAACCUUAAAUAUAUCGGCAGCAAGAUUUAUUGUGAAGAGUGAAAGAACAAAGCUUCUGCAGCAUGGAAGGGGACCUGAGUGGGUUGCCCUUUUUUUUUUUUUUUUUUUUGAGUAGCAGCAAGAUUUAUUGUGAAGAGUGAAAGAACAAAGCUUCCACAGUGUGGAAGGGGACCCGAGUGGGUUGCCCCUCAACAUGCUGAUUUCUAAAGUCCAUCAAAGUUAAGGAUUCAAGAAAAUAACAGUUAUGACAGGAAUAUGCUAUGAAACUCUGAGCUAUCAUUGGAGGUAGAUUUCUACCCAAUGACGGAUUAAGUUUUAGAUCUGACCCCUAUGAACAGACACUUUUUUUUUUUUUUUUUUUUUGCCUAAGAGAAUCCUGCUUAUGAAAGCAGAAAACACAGGUUACAAAUUACUGAGGCUAUUUUUUUUUUUUUCGGAUUUAUGUAGUAUAAGAUAUCUAUCUUUCAGCAUUUGAGCAUUUUCUUCCUCUGGCAACUUCCUAAUCUUACUAGGAAGAUUAUUAGUAUUAGUCUGUAUUCACGCUGCUAAUAAAGACAUAAUGGAGACUGGGUAAUUUAUAAAGAAAAGGACAUUUAAUGGAUUCCCAGUUCCACGUGGCUGGGGAGGCCUCACAAUCAUGGCAGAAGGCAAAAGGCCCAUUUCACAUGGUAGCAGAAAAGAGAAAAAUGAGGUUGGGUGUGCGGUGGUUCACGCCUGUAAUUCCAGCACUUUGGGAAGCCAAGGCAGGUGGAUCACUUGAGGUCAGUAGUUCAAGACCAACCUGGCUAACAUGGUGAAACCCCAUCUCUACUAAGAAAAAUACAAAAAUUAGCCAGGUACGGUGGCAGGUGCCUGUAAUCCAAGCUACUUGGGAGGCUGAUUCAGGAGAAUUGCUUGAACCCAGGAGGUGGAGGUUGCAGUAAGCCAAGAUCAUGCCACUGCACUCCAGCCUGGGAGACAGAGCAAGACUCCAUCUCAAAAAAAAAAAAAAAAAAAAAAAAAGAAAAAGGAAAAAAACAAAAAGAAAAAAGAGAAAAAUGAGAGCCAGGUGAAAGGGAGAAACUCCUUAUAAAACAAUCAGAUCUUGUGGGACUUAUUCACUACCACAAGAACAGUAUGGGAGAAACUGCCCCCAUGAUUCAAUUAUCUCCCAGUGGGCCCCUCCCACAACACUUGGGAAUUAUGGAAGCUACAAUUCAAGAUGAGAUUUGGGUGGGGACACAGCCAAACCAUAUCACUUACAUUAAUAUUUGAUGGUUAGGAUAAAUUUUCUUCCCAGCACAGGGUGGGCGUUCAAAAGCAAUGUUUCAGAUGAUUCAAAUGUUGGUAAGAGGAAGAGCAUGUUUUUUGUAAAUUCAGUUUUAAUAAGUUGUACCAGAAGAUUGCUAGAAUUAAAGGGGUUGUAAAAACAAUAGUUUGAUAAAGGAUAAUUUCAAGUGUUUGCUUUAUUGUGUUUAUUUGCAUAGUUUAGAUAGUCAUGUUGCCUGAUGAGCCAGGUGAAGGGAAAAUUUUAGAUAUCAAAUGCUCACUCCAAGGAAUUGUUAGUAGUCUGGAAGACAUAAUUUAGCAAAUGAUAGAUGCUGAAACUAAAAGUAUAGUUAUUUUAAUAUUUUUCUUCUGCCAUAUGAUUUAAUUGCAACCAAUUGUAGCUCAUGUGCAGAUGCUUAAUUUCAUUCAAUGAUUCAAAAAUAUUUAUUGGACACCUACUAUCUGAUGAUUGAAUGAGAUAACUAAAUGUUUUUAUAAAAAAUAAAGUGCUAUAACAAUGCAAGGUGACGGUCAUCAAUUGUAACAAAUGUACCACAUUAAUGCAAGAUGCUAAUAGUGGGAACUGUGUGUAUAUCAGAGAAAGAGGUUGCAUACUAGAACUCUGUACUUUCCUCUCAAUUUUUUUUGCUUAUCUGAAACUACUCUAAAAAAGUCUGUUAAAAGAAAGCAAGGUAAUUUUGUUGUUGAUACUGAAUGUAAGGUACAGUAUCACAAUAUUAUUUAACUUUAAUAAUUAUGACUGCUAGCUAAAAGAAGAUGGAAAAUGUUUAAAACACUAACCCAGAGGUUUCUGGUUCAGGUAAUAGAUUAAGUACCAUAAUUUGAAAGAAAUUGACUGGGUCCUGAGGCACGUUUCUGGUUUAGGUGGAUCCUGAGAAAGAAGUAGAAUAGAUCUUGGGGUCCUUCAAAAUAAUACAGAGGAAAAUUAAAAGGAUAGGGUGUUGCACUCAUGGGCACAAAAGGCUAAAGCACUUUGACUUCAGAGUAAACCCCUCUUUAUUUUAUCAAAUGGUAGCCUUGUCUGCCUGUUGGUCUGUUCCCAGGCCACCUAUCUUACAGGGAAGUCUGCCUGUUGACAAGUGUCAUGCCUUUCUGUGAAGCCUACUCUCCUCUUCAAAAGGAUUAUUAGGGAAACAGGACAACCAAACUGCAGAUGCAACUCACACAGGAGGAAAAAGAAUAGAAUGGAAGAGAUAGAUCAAGAUGAACAGACAGAACAACCAACACCUGGAUGAAAAAGAAACAAUUUAGGUAAGAGAAGAGAAUUUUAAAAAAAUUAAAAUCCUACUUAGUGUCUUCAGGAGUAUUAAAGAAGUUGGAUCCAUAAAACAAAGAUGACUACUAUAAAAAAAGAAGCAAUUAGAAGAUACAAAAGAGUUCUUGGAAAUUUAAAUAUUCAGUAUACAUGCUAAAUAUUAGAAAGAACACAGUUGAAAAAAAGAUUGGCAAUCUGAAAGAUAAAGUCACAGAGAGAUAAAUAAUAAAAUAAAUAGAUGAGAAAUGUGAUGGAAAAGUUAAGGGACAUGGUAGAAUUAGUAGGUACAGCAUUCAUAGAAAUCACAUAAGGACACACUUGCGGGAGUGGAAGGGAGAAAAUGAUGGAAGACAAUUUUUUUUUGAACUGAAGAUAGAAAGAUUUCUUUAGAUUGAAAGGGUCUCCUAAGAGCCAAGAAGAAAAAUAAAAUCUAGCAUCAUUUUGAUAACAAUUUAAACUCUAAUGAUAAAAAGGAAAUCCUAGAAGCUUUCAGAGACAGACAAAACAAGCUCAUUACAAAGGAAUAAGCAUCAGCAUUGGGAGCACAUCAGCAAUACUGGUAGUAUAACAGUUCUUUCCAAGCUUGAGAUAAAAAUGAUUUCAAAUCUUGAAUCUGUAACCAAACAAUCAAGUCAUGGUAGGAUAGGUUGUCAAAAUGAAAAGAUUCAGAAAGUUUACAACCAGUGGGCACCACAUGAAGAAAACUGAGAAUUUGCAAGGUAAAUACAGAAGAUACUGGAAACAGUAAGGACCAGGAUGACCCAGGUGACACAAUUCUUUAGCUGUUACUGUACUUGAUUUUAUAAGAAAAAUACUUAUGUGUUCAUUACAAUUAAAUUGUAAGGGCUGUUUGUUUUUAGUUUUGAAAAUGAACCUAAGGCCUAGAGAAUGUAAUUUUAGGUACUGAUCAUAAUGUAAACUAUUAUAAACUUAACAAGGUAAGAAAUCAUAACAAUAAAAUUUCAAUUUAAAAUUCU